UUCAAUUCCAUCACUACAUCGUAAUCACAUUUCUCUCUCUUACCUUAAAUAGCAUUGUUUUACAUAUAAAACUGCUGCGUUGAGGCUUUGUUUCUCAUCACUUAGGUUGUUUCAGUUUGGUUAUGGAGAUGGAAGGGUUAGAUUCUAAUUCUAAUUCCAAUUCCUAUUCUAGCUCUGCCCAGAGCAACAUAGCCAAGGGCAAACGGACCAAAAGGAUGAGGCUUUUGUCCCCUUCUGGUGUCGCCGUUGUUACCACCGCCGCCACCACUGGACUCACCACCACCACCACCAGUUGCUCCAGUCCUAACUCCGGUGGCUCCUCCACCACCACUUAUGAGAGCGAAGAAGAAGACAUGGCAAAUUGUUUGAUUCUCUUGGCCCAAGGAGGGGAAUCUCACCCUCAUCAACCUCAUCAUCACAAACAACGAGUUGAAGAUCAUAACGGUGUCAAGACAGCAAAGGGUAAAGGUAACACCAUCACCACCGCCGCCGCCGCCGCAACAACCGCAGUUGACACCAAAGUUGGUUUCUUUAUUUAUGAGUGCAAAACGUGUAACCGAACGUUCCCUUCGUUUCAAGCACUGGGUGGACACAGGGCGAGUCACAAAAAGCCCAAACUUUCGCCUGAAGAGAAAAAACCACCACCCUCUCAAUCGCCACACGUGGCUGUUACAACCUAUGAUCGGUUCGAAGAGGAUAACGUUAAAAAUGGUCCUCCGAUUUCCCUUCAAUUGGGUCAUGGCAACAACAAGGUCAAGAUUCAUGAAUGUUCCAUCUGCGGUUCGGAAUUCUCAUCAGGACAAGCAUUGGGUGGACACAUGAGGAGGCAUAGGUCAUCGACAAACACCAACACUGUUGACACAUCAAGUUCUAACACCGUCAUCGCCGUGGCCACCACUGUUUCUCCGCCGCGGAACGUCUUGCAGUUGGAUCUUAACCUCCCGGCGCCGGAGGAUGAUAUCCGGGAGGCUAAGUUUCAAUUUCCGGUAACAACUCAGAUGCUGGUUGGUACUCCGGCUUUGGUAGAUUGUCUUUAUUAGAGAACAGGGUGGGGAUUGGAAUUUCAAAGAAUUAUUAUUUUGAUAUCAAUGUGAAUUAUUAGUGUUAUUUUUAAUUUACAAUUAUUCGUAAUUAUCGAUUUUUUUGGAUUAUUAUUCCUAAUUCGGUUUAUUAAUAAUUUCCAUUUUGAUAUAUGUGAUCGAUCUACUUGUU